CGGAAGAACUGUUUUAUAUUUUUGUCCGUCCGUAGGACAGGCAGUUCGAAUAUUUUGUAUAAAUCAAAACUAUUUUAUUGUCAUCCAACCAGUUAAAAAACUGACUGUAAAGCUACUUCGGGAUUUUUAUAUAGAGGUAUUGUCGAGGUCUUGCCUGGCUGGCCCAUGGUGAGAAGGGGACCUAGAGGAACUGAACAGACACAAGAUGGCCUGUGUGGAGGAGCCCCCUGAGAAGCACUGCUGGGUGUGUUUUGCGACAGAGAGAGAGGAUCGCGUGGCAGAGUGGGUGAGCCCCUGCAGAUGUAAGGGCUGUACCAAGUGGAUCCACCAGGCCUGUCUGCAGCGUUGGCUCGAUGAGAAGCAGAAAGGAAACAGUGGAGGAGCCGUCAGCUGCCCUCAGUGUGGCACAGAGUACCACAUUGUCUUUCCCAAAAUGGGGCCGUUGGUAUACUUCCUCCAGCAGAUGGACAGUGCUCUGUCACGGGCCAGUCCAUUCACUGCUGCCGGUGUGGUGGUGGGGACAGUCUAUUGGUCAGCUGUCACCUAUGGAGCUGUGACUGUCAUGCAGGUGGUGGGCCAUAAGAAGGGCUUGGAUGUGAUGGAGAGAGCAGAUCCUCUGUUCCUCCUGAUGGGUCUACCUACCAUCCCAGUGAUGCUUGUCCUGGGCAAGAUGAUCCGCUGGGAGGACUACAUACUGAGGCUGUGGCAGAGACACUCCUCUAAACUACAGCUGCUAUUGCCAGGUAUAGGUCGUCCAUUGCCCCGUGUGCCAGCUGAUGGGGGUAAUGGAGGGGACCACCUGUCAGUGUCUCGUACUCUGUGUGGAGCUCUCAUCUUCCCCUCUGUAGCCAGCCUGGUGGGACGACUGAUCUUCGGCAGGGUACCCUCAUCUCUGCAACGCACCGUUCUGGGUGGUAUAGCAUUUGUGGUGAUGAAGGGAGUGUUGAAGGUGUAUUUCAAACAGCAGCAGUACCUCAUUCAGGCCAACCGCCACAUCCUCAACUACCCCGAGAGAGGGAGGGAUGGAGAGACGGAGGGACGGAGCGAGGGAGGAGAAGACGACACAGAGGACAGCGGAAAUGAGUGAAUGCAAGACUCCCCCUCCCCAACCUUAACCCCCGAUUGGGAACAGAAUCCUCUGUUCCCAAUCGCAAUGUAGUUUUAUUUUACUCAGACAAGGGGUGUGUUUAGGAGGUGCAUUACAUUUCCAAAAAGAGAACUUGUCCAAUAGGAAUGCAAUUGUUAGUUUUUUUUUCUCCCAUUUGUCUCCUGAAUGCGACCCAGGUCUUCUAUUUGCAUUGUAAGAUAUCCACCCAACCAUGACUGUAUGUGUGAGCGUGUGUGUACACUGUAGAGCCCAUGCUAUUUUAUUUGCCUGUAUGAAUGAAUUGGCUAAUAAAGUGAUUUGAAUGUUA